UGAGCAUUUGUUUUCAGCGAAUGGGGGAGUCCACGUCACUGGGGUCGGAGCCACUGAGGGUCUGAAGCACUUCUCUUAUUCUUUAAGGAAGGAAGCCGAAAGUCGCCGUCCACAUUUUACUCUCUCUCUCUCUCUCCCCAACGAAACCACCAUUAAUGGCUGCUUCAAUCAUCACAACAACCUUUCACGUAAAACCAACCCAAUCUGUAAAGAUAUCUACAUCACCAUAUCUAUCAAAAUUCACAAAACCCAGAACAACAACCAAAAUAAAGGUCUCUCUCACCCCAGUUGCAACUCUUUCCGAUCCAUUUGUCCUCCAAAUCGCAGAAACCCUAGAAGACUCUCUAUCUUCCACCUCCACUUCUUCACCACCAUCCCCUCUUCAAAAGCUCAGAGACACCUCUUCACAGUCCCUCCUUUCAACCCCAUGGCCGUCCCGCAAAGACGAGCCCUUCCGAUUCACUGACACUUCCUUCGUAAAACUCUCUCAGAUUCAACCCAUUUCACACCCACCUCAAUCUUUCAAUUCUUUGGGUGUUUCCACAGAUACCCAUUUGCCCACCCUCACAAUUGUUGAUGCGUUCAAUGUAAAUUCUCUAUCCCAAUUACAGAAUUUGCCUAAUGGAGUGUUUGUUGGUAGUUUAUCUAGCCUCAAUUCAGAGGCUAUAAUGAAAAGGGUGUCUGAAUUUGAGUCCAGUUUUGAAGGAGACUUGUUUUGGUCUCUUAAUGGAGUUGGUGCUCCGGAUUUGAUUGUUGUGUAUGUUCCAGAGGAGUGUAGAGUAGAGAGUCCUUUGCAUUUGAGGUAUUAUUCGAUUGAAGGGGGCGAUAGCGGAUCGAAGAAGUUGCCCAUUUCGAACCCGAGGGUUUUGGUGUUGGUGGAGAAGGGAGGGGAGAUUGGAAUAGUUGAGGAGUAUGUAGGAGGUGAUGGGGAGAAGUGUUAUUGGGCAAAUUCAGUUACAGAAGUUGUGAUUGGAGAAGGGGGAAAGGUUAGUCAUUCUUACAUUCAAAGCCAGUCUUUGAAUGCUGCACAUUUCAAGUGGACUUCGGUUCGGCAGGAAUCAGCAAGCUCCUACGAGCUCAUAGAGGUAAGCACCGGAGGGAAGUUGAGCAGACACAAUCUUAAUGUUCAGCAAGUUGGCCCAGAUACGGUAACAGAGUUAUCAACUUUUCACCUGUCUGUCGGUGAUCAAACACAAGAUCUGCAUAGUAGACUUGUGUUGGACCACCCACGAGGGUUUUCUCGGCAACUUCACAAGUGUAUUGUGGCUCAUUCUCUUGGACAAGCUGUAUUUGAUGGGAAUAUCAAGGUCAACAGAUAUGCACAGCAGACAGAUGCUGGGCAACUUACAAGAAGCCUUCUUCUUGAGCCUCGUGCAACCGUAAAUGUCAAGCCCAAUCUCCAGAUCAUUGCCGAUGAUGUAAGGUGCUCCCACGGAGCUGCAAUAAGUGACCUAGAAGAAGACCAACUGUUCUACUUCCAGGCUCGUGGAGUUGACUUGGAGACAGCUAGAAGAGCUCUCAUCUUCUCUUUUGGAGCUGACGUGAUUGAGCGUUUGCCUUACGCUUUCCUCCAAAAGAAAGUUGAAAGUCAGAUCAAAGAGUUGCUUGAUCCUACACUCAAAAGUUCGCUGUGAGAGAGGAUAGAUUGUGUAGAAAUCUGAAUUUGUUCUGUAAAUUAUCACUAUUUUACAGAAGAAAAGUGUGUUCCUAUUAGAAUUAAAGGAAGUUUUGUGAUAUUGAAAGUGAAUUGUGCUUAAUGUGCCUCCCUUCCUUCCUCUCUAACAAGAACCAAAAGGAGGGGGGGGGGGAUGGGUUAACAUUUGUUUGUAAAAGUUCGCUCUCUUCCCAAACCUAACAAUUGUAAUUACUGUUAUUUUGUAAUUUUCUUGUUGAUUCUGCAUCUUGAAAUGAA